UAUGCGGUUCAGCUGGUUUUCGCAGAGUUCUCUUGAUUGUUUUAUAUUUGACAAAAACGUGUUCGGUCAGCUACAUUUCUGCUUUUUUUUAAAUUUCGUUUCAAUUACGCUAGCGUCAUUGUUGUGUAAGGUUUUGUGGUACGUUAGAUAAUCCUUAGUUUGACAUAAUUGCUAAAAACAUUUCAUAGAACUGAGUUGCAGAAAUUCUGUCACAUUUUGGACGUGUUGAGAAUUUUUUCUGCAUCUCACUUGACCAAAAAGCAGCUGAAAUGAGUGGCAUUGUCAAAGAAGAAACACGCAGUUUUUCACCUCAUUGUCCCAAACCCAAUGAAUCCGAGGAGCCAGAAGGUACUGCAGUGGAGGAGUCCACUAUAGAAAAUAACCAGGCUGAAGGGAUGAUCAUUACCAAGGAGAUGGAGGAAGAGGAGAAGCAUUUGAUGGAGGAGGGAGAGAAGAAAGAAAGGGAGAUGAUGGAGGAGGCCAGACAGUCAUGGGAAAAAGAUUCCCAAGAGAUGCGAUUCAAAAGACUCCAGCACCUUUUAGAGAAAAGCAACAUAUACUCAAAGUUUCUGCUCACGAAGAUGGAGCAGCAGCAGCAAGAGGAAAAACUUAGACAAGAAAGACUUGAGAAGAAAGCUGCUAGCCUGAAGAAAAAGGGUAAUGAUAAAAAGACAGUAAAAGCUGAGAAAAAGAAGCGUGGAUGGGAAGAGGAUUACAAAAUUGCAGAUGUUAUGUCCAAAGAGGAAAUAAUGUCAAAGGCCAAGAAACCAAAAAUAGAAGUGGAGGCUCAUACAGCAGUCAAAUUGGAAGCUGAGGAUAUAGAGAAACUGGGUGACUCAAACUCUGAUAUUAAAGGCCGGCUGUCCGAGGCUAUGCGGGAAAACAGCCAGCAGAUGCUGGAUCCAGAGAGAACAGUGAACGGUAAACCUGUACCUGCACAGCAACCCAAACUCUUCACUGGAGGUGUGAUGAGGUGGUAUCAGGUGGAAGGCAUUGAAUGGCUCAGGAUGCUGUGGGAGAAUGGCAUCAAUGGUAUCCUUGCUGAUGAAAUGGGUCUUGGGAAAACAAUACAGUGCAUCGCCCAUGUUGCCAUGAUGGUUGAGAAGAAAGUCCUUGGGCCCUUCCUGGUUGUGGCUCCUUUAUCCACUCUUCCAAACUGGAUCUCAGAAUUUAAGCGCUUCACACCAGAGGUGUCGGUCAUGCUUUAUCAUGGACCACAAAAAGAGAGGAUGGACCAGGUGAAACAGAUCCGCAAGCACCAGGGCCCCCUGAAAAUGUGUCCUGUAGUUGUGACCUCCUUUGAAAUAGCCAUGAGAGAUAGGAGGUUUCUUCAGCGUUUCCACUGGAACUAUUUGAUUGUGGAUGAAGGCCACAGAAUUAAAAACUUGAACUGUCGACUAGUGCAAGAGCUGAAGAUGUUACCGGCUGAUAACAAACUGCUUCUGACAGGAACUCCCCUGCAGAAUAAUCUGUCAGAGCUAUGGUCUCUCCUCAACUUCCUCCUUCCUGAUGUGUUUGAUGACCUCAAGAGUUUUGAGUCAUGGUUUGACAUAAGCACCAUUACUUCAGAUGCAGAAAAUAUUGUGGCUUGUGAGCGAGAGCAAAACAUCCUCAACAUGCUUCAUCAGAUCCUCACACCCUUCCUUUUAAGAAGACUGAAGUCAGAUGUCACAUUGGAAGUCCCACCAAAGAAGGAGAUUGUGGUGUAUGCACCCCUCACCAACAAACAAGAGGCCUUUUACAUGGCCAUUGUAAACAAGACUAUAGCAAAACUACUGGGCCAGGAGAAAGAUGAUUUGGGACCUGUGCAGCUGACGUCCAGCGGCCGGCCAAAACGCAAGACCAGGAAAGUGGUUGACUAUUCUGAGAAUAGCACUGACUCUGCACAAGAUCUGAAGAAAUACAUAGAGAAGGUUCAGCAAGAGAUGGAAAGUCAGGAAAGCUCUGCACCAGUGGUGGAGGUACAGAUGCCGAUUGAUGCUCAAAUCAACUUGAAACUGCAGAACAUACUGAUGCUGCUGAAGAGGUGCUGCAACCAUGCUUACCUGAUAGAGUACCCUCUGAACCCUUCAGGAGAAUUUAAGAUUGAUGAGCAAUUAGUGGCGGCAUCAGGAAAGUUUCUUAUCCUAGACAGAAUGCUUCCUGAACUGAAGAAAAGAGGGCACAAGGUGCUGAUAUUCAGCCAGAUGACUUCCAUAUUGGAUAUUCUGAUGGAUUACUGUUAUCUCAGAGGUUAUGAAUACAGUCGAUUGGAUGGAUCAAUGAGUUAUACAGACAGAGAUGAGAAUAUGAGGAAGUUCUCUUCUGAUCCAGAGGUGUUCCUCUUCCUCCUGAGCACUCGAGCUGGUGGUCUUGGGAUCAACCUCACAGCUGCUGACACGGUCAUCAUAUUCGACAGCGACUGGAAUCCUCAGGCAGAUUUGCAGGCGCAGGAUCGGUGUCACCGUAUUGGGCAAACCAAACCCGUGAUGGUGUACCGCCUUAUUACGGCCAACACCAUUGAUGAGAAGAUCCUGGAGAGAGCAUCUGCCAAGAGAAAGCUGGAGAAGAUGGUCAUUCAUAAAAAUAAAUUCAAAGGUUCAAAAGCAGAGCUCAAACAGACAAAGAGCUGCAUCGAUGUAAAUGAGCUGGUUGAACUUCUAAAAUCCAGAGACUACGACAGGGCAGUGAAAGGCACUAAAGGAAAAGUCAUCAGUGACCAAGAUCUGGAGAUCCUGUUGGACCGCAGUGAUUUAAUGGAUCAAGCUAAGAAGCGAAUCAAACAGGAGAAGGAUGGUGUGUUUAAGGUUAUACAGGCCAAAGAUGAAAAUGGUGACAUCAGUCUUUCCUGAGAGGAGUGACGACACUUGGAACUCACCUUUGGGUCAAAGUUGUAUGCUUUAUUACCACUGCAAAAACUGCCUAAAGAAAGAGUGAGAUCUUUGUUUUCAACUGCUGUAAUCAGUUCAUACUUCUUAUCAAACAUUCAGUAGUUUUGGGAAUAGCACUAAAAAAAUGAAUCCUGCAUUUACAGAUACUGUUGUAUAUUUUGUGCCUAGUUGACUGAAUCUAUCAUCUAAACAGAGAAAUGUUCUUGAAAGCACUUUGAACUAUUCUAGGAUACUGUAGAACAUGCAGAUUUUGCCUUUAUUUUUCUAUAGCUUUGUAUGCUGUUCAUGUCCAGCUUAUUUAAUGUAACUGGCCAUGCUUGGUGCAUUCAAAAGAACUUGAUAUAGAAAUGUUACUGUGCAUAACUUUUAUAUUCUGCCAGAAAUUCAGCAUAUACAUAAAAGCGGUGUAGGCAGAGAACCAGUGAGUAUCUAUAAAUGAUGUGUGCCAGUGUAGGCACUAGAAUUUAAUUAACUUAACAGUGGAACUCUGUGGUGUAAUUUGUUUCUACUGUUGUAGACUGAUGAACAAUUGGAUAUGCAUUACCGACUAAACUCCUGUAAAUAUAAUCUGAUGAUAAGUCGUGGUUUAAUCAAGUUUUUUAAUAAGCUGCACAUUGUUCAUUUACACAAUUUCAGUUGUUUAACGUGGCUGUAGUAUGGAAACUGCAUUUUAACAUGUAUUCCAAAUCCAUUAAAAAACUUAUUAAAAUAUGGAACAAUCUUUUAUACCAGCAGUUUCUUGAUAAAGUUGGUGUAAGACUUACUGCCUCACUGACAAGUCACAUUUUACAUCAUUAAACGGGUGCAAACUA